AUGGCUUCGUUCAACCCUGAGGAACAGGUUCUUACCUUCCACGAUCGCAAUGGCCAGCCCUUCUCCGUUCCUCUUCCGGAUCUGAACGAAUUUGUCCAGUACAAUGUUCAGGUCUGCAUAGACUAUGGAACCCAGCUAGGCGCAACAUUUGUGCUGUUUAUCGUCAUGAUUCUCCUGACUCGUCGCGAUAAACGUCGCUCGACCAUCUUUAUUCUCAAUGGACUAGCUUUGACCUUCAAUUUCCUUCGUCUGCUUUUCCAGUGCAUCAGCUAUACAACUGGAUUCGAGAGCAUCUAUCCUUAUUUCUCGGGUGACUACACUGAUGUUAAGACCGGUGCUUACGCAAUCUCCAUUGUCGCGGUUAUCUUUGAGACCCUUCUUGUGGUUUGUUUUGAGUUCUCGCUCGUCUUCCAAGUUCAUGUGAUUUGCGCAACCCUGCGCCGUCGGUAUCGACGGGUCUUGUUUGUGGUUUCCAUCCUGAUGGCACUGGUACCUAUUGGUUUCCGCCUGGGAUGGAUGGUCAUGAACUGCAAGGAGAUCAUUACUCUCUCCUCUUUGCAGGAUAUCUGGUGGCUGGAAAAGGCCUGUGGAAUCGUCAUCACAAUCAGCAUCUCCUUCUUCUGCCUUAUUUUUGUCACAAAGCUAGGCUUUGCGAUUCGGCAGCGACGUCGGCUCGGGAUCCGAGACUUUGGUCCCAUGAAGGCCAUCUUCAUUUGCGGGUGCCAGACUCUCAUUGUUCCUACUAUCGUCACUAUCGUGCAAUACGCUGUGACUGUCCCCGAGUUGGCUUCCAACGUGCUCACACUCGUUGCCAUCUCCCUUCCACUUUCGUCUAUCUGGGCUGGUGCUACCCUUGACUCGCGCCGGGUUGAGUCGGUUCCUCCACGUCGUCAGAACCUGUGGCAGGCGCUUGCCUUUGACGGAGACACUCUUACUCCAACCAAGCAAACUGCGACGCAGCUUAGUGGUAGCAUCGUGGCACAGACAUUGUGCUUCGUGGAUCCGCCUAUGUCUAAGCAAUCCCAAGACUCCGAUAUUCCUCUCGGAAUAAAUGUCGAGCAUGAUAUCUCGAUUUCCAGCAUUCAUCGAAACGACUCACCUGUUUGA